AUGGGCUGGGUAGAAAACAAUAGUUGCAAUACAUUAAUAUUGCUUGAGCAUGAUCCAGUAUAUACAAUUGGAAUUAGAGAUAAAGAUUAUACACUACAAGAUCAAAAGAAAUUAAAAAGUUUAGGUGCUGAGUUUUUUAAAACAAAUCGAGGUGGCCUUAUAACUUUUCAUGGGCCUGGACAAUUAGUAGCAUAUCCUAUAUUAAAUUUAAAAGAAUUUAAAGCUAGCAUUAAAUGGUAUGUGCGCCAAAUAGAGAAAAUGAUUAUUCGUUUAUGUGCCGAAUUUGGCAUUAAAGGUGAAACAUCCCCAAACACUGGUGUAUGGGUAAAUGACAAAAAGAUUUGUGCCAUUGGUAUUCAUGGAAGUCGUUAUAUAACAACACAUGGUUUAGCUCUAAAUUGUAAUACAGACUUAAGUUGGUUUAAUCAUAUUAUACCUUGUGGUAUCAAAGGAAAGGGUGUAACAAGCAUUAGUCAGGAACUUAAUAUAGAUGUUACUAUUCAAGAUGUGCUACCACUAUUUCAGAAUGCUUUUCAAGAUCAAUUUCAAUGUACAUUAAUUGAAUAUCCAAUAGAAGAAUCUUGUCAAUUGUUUAAGCUUGUUAACAAUAAUCUGUGUGCACAAAAGACUUAA